AUGCUCUUCCCCUUAUUUCGUCGCUUAUUACCUAGGCCGGUAGCCAACAAUGGGUCGCAACUGCGCGAUCACCAGGCCAACGAGCGCACUUUUCUAUCUUGGAAUCGUAUGGGGCUAGCUUUUGCCGCCAUGUCGCUUGCUCUGACUCGACUCGAUUUCAUAGACAAUGUUCUCAACCGCAAACAUAGUGAGGAGGCAACCACGACCCCCGCGACAUCUAUGGAAGUUGUCUCUAGAAACCACUCAAACACAGCACAGUCUUCAGUGGCUGAACAAACAUCGUGUCUGCUUGGGUAUAGGAAUGAUCUUGUGGCCAGCCGCAUUUGCCAGGCGAUCAGCAUGUGGUCUUUUGGUUAUUCUAUUGCUCGAUAUGUUUCCGUUCGAAGAAAUUUGUUGCUAGGACGAUAUGUCCCUGCCAUCUGGGGACCUCUCCUGAUCACAUGUGGCUCUCUUGGUGUCUUUGGAAUCACACUCAAGUCAGAGUGA